AUGUUCCACUCUCGAAAGGAUCACAUUUCGGGCGCACCACCAGUAUUGAAGGGCCCGGACUCGAAGAAGUACACCCAAUUGCCAUUCAAUCCGGGCGCAACACUAGAUUUGAUUCCGAAACGGUUCAAAAUGCCAGACGUACAGAAGUAUGAUGGGACUUCAUACCCUCAGGAGCACAUUACAACUUAUACAACAACGCUUAAAGGAAACGGCUUGGACCAACAUAAGAUUAAGUUGGUCAUGUUGAAGAAAUUCGGAGAAACCCUCACGAAUGGGGCGUUGAUAUGGUAUUCGCUUUUACCCGAACAUUCAAUUGAUUCUUUUGAGAUGUUCGCAGAUUCUUUCAUAAAGGCCCAUGUCGGGGCCAGGAAGGUCCAGGCCCAGAAGAUGGACAUAUUUAGAAUUUCGCAAGGAGAGUCUAAAUUAUUGCAUGAUUUCAUGGUUAGGUUUCAGAAAGAAAGGAUGUUGUUACCGGUCAUGCCAGACGAAUGUGCAGCUGUGAUAAGGAUAAAAGAUGAUCAGCUCGGGUUCCCGGCAUCAACCAAGGGUCGGGAUCGAGAAAAGAACAAGGAUAAAUCUAAGGAUGAUUUUGAUGCAGAUCGACGAUAUUCUAAGGGCCGAUUAUUGACCUACGAGAGGGCCGAAGUACGCAGUGGCAAAGGAUUCCGGAUGUCAGAGUAUAAUUUCAACGUUAGCAUAGUGGAGCUGGUAUCGGCAAUGAGAAACAUUAAGGAAGCACAGUUCCUGAGGCAGAUUAGAUCUGAUCCCAACCAGAGGGGUCCUAAUUUAUGGUGCGAAUAUCAUGGGACUCGUGGCCACCGAAUUGGGGAUUGUCGACAUCUGUGCGAAGAGGUUGCAACGGUGUUGGAGAAUGGCCAUCUCAGGGAAUUCUUAAGCGACCGAGCCAAGAACAAUACGGUCGCAGCCGAGACAAUGCAGAACUCUCGAAGAUAG